AUGUGCUGUUCGGGUGCUGUCGUACGUUUGAGAAGAGUCUUACGUAAAAUAAAGCGUAAAAAAGCACAGCGCGAUCUUGAAAAUACUCAACACCAACUUGAAGAAAGUGAAGCCAGCAAGGAACGACUGAUCCAAAGCAAGAAGAAGCUUCAGCAGGAGCUAGAAGAUGCUAACAUUGAGCUUGAGAACAUUCGCACAGCUUCAAGAGAAAUGGAGAAGAGACAGAAGAAGUUUGAUAUGCAGCUGGCCGAGGAGCGCGCUAACGUCCAAAAAGCAAUUCUUGAAAGAGAUGCGCACGCACAGGAGUCCCGUGACCGUGAAACUCGAAUUCUAUCCUUGGUAAAUGAACUCGAGCAAAUGAAGGCAUCCAUUGACGAAACUGAAAGAGCUCGCCGCACGCUCCAGCUUGAGCUGGAUGAGUCGAUCUCAUCGAAAGAUGACGUUGGAAAGAGUGUGCACGAACUAGAAAAAGCAAAGCGUCUGCUAGAACAGACUGUCCAAGAGCAAAAAGCAACCAUCGAAGAACUGGAAGAUCAACUAGGAUUUGCUGAAGAUGCUAGGCUCCGACUUGAAGUUAAUAUCCAGGCCCUCCGUGCUGAACAAGAUCGCAAUCUUAGCGCGAAAGAUCAGGAAGCCGAGGAUAAGCGCAGAAGUCUGGUAAAGCAGUUGCGAGAAUGUGAACAAGAGCUGGAGAACGAGCGCCGGAGCAAAGCUGGAGCAAUCAGUCAAAAGAAGAAAAUGGAGGCUCAUAUUGCAGAGAUCGAACAGCAGCUGGAUGUGGCAAAUCGACUUAAGGAUGAAUAUAACAAACAACUCAAGAAGAAUCAGCAAAUGAUCAAAGAAUACCAGCAUGACAGUGAAGAAGCUCGUCAAAUGAAGGAAGAAAUUGCUUCACAGCUUAGAGAUAUAGAACGCAGAUUGAGGUCAGCGGAAGCGGAAAAUCAACGCUUGGCAGAAGCUAAUGAGCUGCUCACGUCCCAGAAGAGGCAACUCGAGCAAGAGAAAGAUGAGCUGGAAGAGCUUCGCGGCCGAGUAACGUCAUUCCGAAAUUUAGGGAGGGAGCUUCUCUUCCGAGGAGAAACGCCGAUUGGAACAAAAGUUAGCCCAACUGGAGGAAGAACUUGA